CCCUGGGGCUGGUUGGCCAACGCUGAAGCCGCGGGGUGCCGCAGCACACGUGUUCGAGUCGGAAGCGCCUGCUGGGGCUGCAGAUUCCCGGGCAUGGCGACACAAAUGGAGGCGCAGGCCACUGGGGCCGAGGACGGCUUCACCCCGGUCACCCGCAAGGGUGCCCGGCGGGCGAAGAAACGGCCGGCUGAGGCGCUCUCCGCGGCGGAGGAGGACGGGGACGCGGGCCGCAUGGACACGGAGGAGGCCCGGCCCGCGAAGAGGCCUGUCUUCCCUCCCCUCUCCGGGGACAGGUUCCUGGAUGGGAAGGAAGAAACAAGGAGAAUUCCAGUCCCAGCGAACAGAUACACACCAUUGAAAGAAAACUGGAUGAAGAUAUUUACUCCCAUUGUAGAACAUUUGGGACUUCAGAUACGCUUUAACUUGAAAUCGAGGAAUGUAGAAAUCAGGACUUGUAAAGAAACCAAGGAUGUUAGUGCUCUGACAAAAGCAGCGGAUUUUGUGAAAGCCUUUAUUCUUGGGUUUCAGGUGGAGGACGCACUUGCCCUCAUUAGGUUGGAUGACCUCUUCUUAGAGUCUUUUGAAAUUACAGAUGUGAAGCCCCUGAAGGGAGACCACCUGUCGAGGGCAAUAGGAAGAAUCGCUGGCAAAGGAGGAAAAACCAAAUUCACCAUAGAGAACGUGACACGGACUCGCAUAGUUUUGGCUGAUGUGAAAGUUCACAUCCUUGGCUCUUUCCAAAACAUCAAGAUGGCAAGAACUGCCAUCUGCAACCUUAUCCUGGGAAAUCCUCCGUCAAAGGUUUAUGGCAAUAUUCGAGCCGUGGCUAGCAGAGCAGCAGAUCGAUUCUGAUUUCAAUGCAGAGACUUUUUAUGUUGUCCUUGGACUCUAGAGACAAAAAGACUUUACCCUCUACCAGUGGUCACAAGAAACCAUGUGAAGAAUUUUUCAGUCGCUGUAAGCCUCAGACCCUUCUUCAGUUCUCAGGCAGAAGCAUACACAGAAAGGAAAAGUUUGAUAAUAUUCACACUCAACAGCUUUAAGGAUAGUUUAAAUAUCAAAAUUUAGACCAUUAUUAUACUCAGACAUUAAUACAAUUUAUCAUUUUUUGUUUUUCGUUUUAAAUCAUGUAGCAGAUUUGUAUAGUUUCUAAUUCUUUUAUUUGGAGGGAAACUUGUUUAUACAGUUCUGUAUGAAUUUAUAAGUUAUUUAUAAAUUUAUAGCUUUUUAUGAAUUUGUAAACAUUUCUUCUGAGUUGUAAUUAAAGAAUUGUCUCAGAAAACCUGUCUGAAUCAUGACCCUUAAUACUGGGUGGUGUGUGACUGUUUUAUAAUCAGGUCAUAAACAGCAGUUUGGCUAUACUGUGUGAACUAAAAGGGCUAGUAUUUGUACCUGUUUUGUAGUUUAUAAAAUUGAAGACCUUUAUCACAAGGUUGACAUGAGAAAAAGUUAUUUUUCACAUCAGUAUAUCAUGGGAGUAGACAUUACCAAUAAUGUUGGAUCUAUUUCUUCUAAGGUAGUGUAAAUGAAAUAUGGUAAAAGAAUGUUUUCACUCCUAAAAAUGUUACGGUAUCCUGCAAAUGUAAUUGCCUGUUUUAACUAGCAUCUGCCUAUUUAAAUACCUGAUUCAGUUUCUGCAUUUUUUAAGUAAAAGGAAUUCAUUUCAUUAAACAUGUAUGGUAUCACAUUUGCUUGUACAUCUCUCAAACCCUUGACCAAAACUUGAACUUUACUGAUGGGAAGAUUAAAAAGUUCAUGUAAACUUC